AGAGAAAUGCAGAUUGUUGAAACUACGUCGUUUUCAAAGUUAGUGUUCCAUACCGAAUGAUUACUGUUAUGGGCUUACUAGGAUGGUUUACAACAAAAGGGCCCAAUUAUUGAAACUACGUCGUUUUCAAAGUUAGUGUUCUACCAUCUCAGGGUUGUAUGAUUCAAAAAUAAAUUUUGAGGAAAGAAAUUCGAAAAUAAUUUUUUCUUUGUUUUAUAAUUUUAUUUUUCAACUGUUUUAUCAUUUAUUUAUAUUAAUAAUAUACCUAAAGGGUAAAAAAUAUAAAUAUCAUUUAUAUUUUUUAGUUAUUUUUCUCCGUGUUUUUUUUUUAUUUAUAAAAAAACAUAUUUUUAGAUAUUUUUGCAGAUUUGUCUAAAAUAUCUUGUACUGUACAUAAUUUUUAAUAAAAUAUUCAUGGAGCGUUGACAUUUUUUAAAGUUGAACCCAGUUUACAAUUUCGUGGACCGGACGAAAACGCGUACAAGAAGAAGACAUUUCGCUCUUGUGCCGAUGGUUCCAAAACUCUGAAGAGCUCCAUGGCCCUGCUUUCACUCUGACAAGUUGAAAAAAUGGAACAAGGAAGAACACCCCGUAGCUUCAUUUCGAUAUUCCUACUUUUCGAUUUACUACUUCUCAGAGUCGCUGGAAACGCCGAAGUUGAUGCUUUAACUGCGCUAAGACUUAGUUUAUCCGACCCUAAGAAUGUAUUACAAAGCUGGACAUGGAAUGCCACUGACGUUACUCCAUGUUCAUGGUUUCAUGUUACUUGCAAUAAUGAGACGACAGUUGUUCGUGUUGACUUGGGGAAUGCAAAUCUAUCUGGACAACUUGUGCCACAGCUUGGCCAGCUUCCAAAUUUGCAGUACUUGGAGCUUUUUAGCAAUAACAUUACUCGAGGAAUACCUGAGGAGCUUGGAGUCUUGACGGAACUGGUGAGCUUGGAACUUUACAUGAAUAACCUAAGCGGCUCAAUCCCUUCAUCUCUUGGCAAUUUAAAGAAACUCAUAUACUUGCGUCUUAAUAACAAUGCUUUAUCUGGAGAACUUCCAAGGUCCUUGACGGAUGUGUUGUCGCUUCAAGUUCUGGAUGUCUCAAACAAUCGGCUUACUGGAGAUGUUCUGCUUACUGGUUCCUUUUCUCAGUUCACUGCUGUUAGUUUUGCCAAUAAUAAUAAUUUAAGGCUGCUUCCUGCACCACCUUCAGGGAAGCGAACGGUUACAGCAAUAGGAAUCGGAGCUGCUGUAGUUAUAUUUUCUGGUGGAGCCAUCGCGCUUGCUUGGUGGCUGAGAAGUAGACCACAUGACAGCUUUUUUGAUGUAAUUGGAGAAGAAGACCCAGAGGUUCACUUAGGACAACUCAGAAGGUUUUCUUUGCGUGAACUGCUAGUUGCUACAAAUGACUUUAGUUACAAAAAUUUAUUGGGCAGAGGCGGUUUUGGUAAAGUGUAUAAAGGACGUUUAGCCGAUGGCUCGCUAGUGGCUGUGAAAAGGCUAAAAGAAGAACGUACCAAGGGUGUGGAACUUCAGUUCCAGACCGAAGUCGUGAUGAUCAGUAUGGCCGUUCGUAGGAACUUGCUUCGGCUUCGUGGAUUUUGCAUGACACCAACUGAAAGAUUGCUCGUUUAUCCCUACAUGGCUAAUGGAAGCGUUGCUUCUUGUUUAAGAGAACGUCCUAGAGGCAAUGCAGCACUUGAUUGGGCAAAAAGAAAGCAUAUUGCUCUGGGAGCAGCAAAGGGGCUUGCUUACUUACAUGAUCACUGCGACCAAAAAAUCAUUCACCGUGACGUGAAAGCUGCCAACAUAUUGUUAGAUGAACAGUUUGAAGCAGUGGUUGGAGAUUUUGGGCUUGCAAAGCUCAUGAAUUAUAACGACUCUCAUGUGACAACUGAUGUACGCGGUACAAUUGGCCAUAUAGCCCCUGAGUACCUUUCCACUGGGAAAUCUUCUGUGAAAACUGAUGUUUUUGGGUAUGGAGUGAUGCUUCUCGAGCUCAUCACGGGCCAAAAGGCUCUCGAUCUUGCUCGGCUUGCAACUGAUGAUGAUAACAUGUUACUUGACUGGGUGAAAGAGGUUUUGAAAGAGGAGAAGUUGGAAAGUCUUGUGGAUGCAGAGCUGGAAGGAAACUACGUGGAUAAAGAAGUGGAGGAGCUUAUCGAAAUGGUGCUUCUCUGCACUCAGAGUUCUUCGUUGAAACGUCCCAGCAUGGCAGAAGUUGUGAGAAUGCUGGAAGGAGAUGGUUUAGCUGAGAAAUGGGAAGAGUGGCAAAAAAAGGAGAUGUUGACAACUGAUUUUAACUAUCCCCAAGCUUACAUUAACGGGUUCGUCCCAGAAUCUAUCUCCCACAUUGAUAACGAUUACCUAUCGGGUCCAAGAUAACCUCUUUUAGAAAGGGUCAUGUGGGUUCUUCAACAAGUAUUAUGAAUAAGGAUGUUAAAAUGGGCACAACCUAACAGGUUAACUUAACCAUGUAUCAAAAAAUUUAAUCCUAAUCCUCACUUGACAUGGCUAGAAUAAGGUUCAACAUAAUUAGCUCGAGCUUUAUAUGGUUAAGUUUUUUAGCGCAUUGAUUUCCUUCACACCAAUGUUAUACAAUAUUUAAAUGUAUACUCUCUAUGUUUCAUUAUAUUUGGUGUUUAAGAUCAAUGCACGUAGAUUAAAAAAUAUAUAUAAAAUUUUAUAUAAUUUACCUGGAUUCCAUAAAAACUUCACUAAAUAUAACUAAUCCAAUCAAUAAGAAAAAAAUCCACUACUACUUUUUCUUUUGACAAAAUACAACUACUGUUUAUUGAUUAAAUUAGUUUUAUUAGGAGCUUUGCCAUGUUAACAUAACAAAAGAGGGAAACAUAUGAUGAUGAAAUCAUAAUAAAUUUUCACUGAAGAUUUUAAUUAUAUAUUUAAAUAUCAGUUUAGCAGAUUUCAAGAAGAAGUCUUCUCGAAAAAUCUAUCUAAUAUAUAGUUCACAAAUCAUAAAAUUUGGAUAUCCAAAAAUUUUUAAAAUAAUAUCAAAAUGGAGAAAAACUUCGAAAAUAUUUUUUAGACUUAAUAAGAAAAAAAACAAAAUUACAGUAAAUUUAAUAUAUGUUUUUAUUUGAAUCAAACACACAAAAAUAUACUUUAUAUUGUUUGAAACUAGAGCUUUUACAACUAAAAUAAUUACAAAACAUAUAUAACCACAAUCCAUUUGAAUAUAUAUUUUUAUUUGGUUUUAGCAAACAGAAAGGAAAAAUAUAUCUAAAAUUUUACAGAUCUAUAUCUUCCUUUUUUUAGAGAGAAAGAUAAACUAUGAAAAAGACGAUUUAGAGAAAAAAAUAUGAAAAAGAAAAAAUCACAUGAAAUUUAAUCAAUUACUUUAUUUAGAUUUAACACACAAAAACACAGCAAUAGUUAGUGAAAAAUAAAAUAUUACAAAUAAAUUUGGCAUUUUUGCAUAGCAGACUAGUGAAGUACAGUUUUUUUUUAGAUUACUGAAAAAAUGUUCUAAUGAAUUUUUCUAAUGAAUUCCGAAGUGGAUAUAUUUUCCUCAGAUUUAAACACUUGCAUAUUUAAAAACGUAAAAUUGUGUUUUAAAAAAAAAUGAAACUUCUUAUGAUUAAAUAAUAAACAAAAUGAUUAUGUGGAAUCUAUAAUUUUAUUUGAAUCUAACACACAAAAACAAAAAAAAAAUACAUAUCUAAAAUUUAUAGAUAUAUCUUUUGUAAGAUUAUCUUUUUAAAAGAAAUGAUAAUCAUAGAAUAGAAAACCUACAAAAAAAAACAAGAUAGAGUGGCGAUAAAAAAAACAAUAUAAAGUUUGAUUGUCUUCAAGUUUAAGAAGAUUAUAAGGAUAUUAGAAAGUUAGAUGAAAAUACAUUAUAUUUUUGUUGCAGCAAUUUUAAAAAAAUUCUAACUUUUAUUUAUAUAAAGAGACCAUUAUGCAAAAACUCCUGCCAAGAUAAAUUCUCGAUGUUACCACUUGAUGUUUAGACAGGAAUAGUUUUUAAAACAAACAAGCUCCAGAAUCAAAUAUAUGGAGUACUAAUAGCAUUUCCAAGAAAACUUUUUAUUUUUAAGUUUGUAAAUUCUAUAUUUUAAAUUUUAAAUGUAUUUUUACAAAAAACAAAUUUUAACGUUGACUUCAAAAUUAUUUAUAUAUUAUACUAUAGUCUUUAUAUUUGUUAUAAUUAAUUUAGUUUUAUAAAACUUUUAUAAAUAACUAGAACAUAUAUCAAAUAUUACAGAAAUAUUAAUAAAUAAAAUGUUACACUAUUAUAUAAAAUUAUAAAUAUAAAUAAAUUAUUAAAUAUUAAAAUACAUGUUAUUUCAUAAAAUUAUUUGCAUAAUAGUCUCAUAUAUGAUCAACUAGUGCAUUUUGAAGUAAGAAAUAACUUUAUUUUUAAUGGGAAAUUGUCAAAAAUACCACAUUCAUAAUAUCACUUUUCAUGUUUAAAUUAACUACUUUUACCCUUACUUUUAAAGAGGAAAAAAAACAUUUAUAACCGUCGGAUUAACUAAUCUAGACUUAGAGCAAGGAGAGUUCUAGAUUAGGAGAUUUCAAAACACAUAUACAGUAGAACCUCUAUAAAUUAAUAUUCGAUAAAUUAAGAAUCUCUAUAAAUUAAUAAAUUUUGUCGGUCCCAACUCGGGCCGAUGUAUAAUAUGACACAAAUCGAUAAAAUAAUAAGAUAAUAAUAUUUUUAAAAUUCUCAUGUAAAUAUAUAGUCCCAUUAAAAUCAUAAAUUAAUAAUCUAUUUCCAUACUUAUUUUAUAUAAGUACAAACUAAACAUUAUAUUGUUGGUUUUAUAUUAACAAUGAAAAUACUUCUAUUUUUCUUAAUAUUUUAAUAUGUUUUGAUAAUAUUUCAUAACAUUAUAUCGAAAACCACUUAACAAUUAUAUGAAACAUAAUAAUAUACAUCAAAUAAGAUAAUAAAUAAUAUGAAAGUCAAAUUUCUAAAUUUAAAUAAUUUAUAUACGGUAAAUAUAAAUAUUUACUUAAUUUAUUAAUAAAAAUAUUCAAAAA